AUGGUGUCGUUCAACUGUGAUGGAUGCGGCGAUGUCGUCAAGAAGCCGAAACUCCAACAGCAUUUCAACCGCUGCUAUGCAGCCGUGACCUGCCUGGACUGCUCGCAGCAGUUCCAUUCUCCCAACGAGUUCAAGGGGCACAACACCUGCAUCAGCGAGGCGGAAAAGUACGAGAGGAGCCUUUAUCGCGGACCAAAGCACCAACAACCCCAACAAAAUGGCGGCACACCACAGAAGCAACCUCAGCAGCAGAAGCAACCACAAGCUGGUACGCCUGCUAAAGUGGAGGCUGUGACGCCUAGCAAGCAGGAGAGUGCCGAGAAGGUGAACGGCAAGAGAAAACGAGAUGAAGAAGACGAGGAAGUAGCUGCUCUUGCUUUGACCGUUGCUGAAUCGCCCAGCGAGGCCAAGAAGGAGAAGAAGGAAAAGAAGGGGAAGAAAGAGAAGAAGGAGAAGAAAGAAAAGAAAGAAAAGAAAGAGAAGAAGGCCAAGCCCAUCUCCGAUGGCAAAGUGGACAACGACUCAGGAAGCGAAAAUGAAGAAGACCACAUCCAAGAUGAUCCGAUGCAAGCCGCUGAAGAAGAAGCCAAGAUUAUCAAGCCUCUUUCCACCUCCGAACUCGAAGCAUUCAAGAAAAAACAACGUAAACUCGGUAUCAUCUAUAUCUCUCGCAUCCCACCUGGGAUGACUCCCGCCAAAGUCCGACACAUUCUUUCCAACUUUGGUGAACUCGGCCGAAUCUAUCUCCAAGAUGGAAGCAAACCUGGUGAGUCGAAAAAGAAGCGUUCUGGUGUCGCCCGCUACACAGAAGGCUGGGUGGAGUUCAUUUCCAAAAAGGUGGCCAAGGCCGCCGCCGAGAUGCUCAACGCGCAGCCCAUCGGCGGACUGGCUGCAAGCAACUCGAAAAAGUCCGGCUCAGGUGGAGGUAGCUCAAAGAUGGGCAAGAGCAGCAAGAGGUUCCAAGACGAUGUGUGGACGAUGAAGUACUUGAAGGGAUUCAAAUGGCAUAUGUUGAGUGAGCAGAUGGCUCAGGAGAGAGCAAGUCAUGCGGCUAGAUUGAGGACAGAGUUGAGCCAGUCCGCGUACGAACAGAAGGACUACCUGAAGAAGGUGGAGAGAGCGAGAGUGCAGAAGGACAAGCUGGAGAGGAGGAAGAGAAAGGCUGAGAAGCUGGGUGAGACUGUCGUGGAUGACAAGGAGGGGAUGGAGAAGAGUAGGACCUUCAGACAAAGGAAGCCGGUGCAGAAGGAUGUAAGGGAUCAGGUUGGGGCCUGA